GUAUUUUUUCGGGCUGGCACCUUGGCCCGAUUGGAGGAGCAGAGGGACGAACAGACCAGCAAGAACCUGACCCUGUUCCAGGCAGCUUGCCGGGGUUACUUGGCCCGCCAGCACUUCCAGAAAAGAAAGGUCCAAGACCUGGCCAUUCGCUGCGUCCAGAAGAACAUCAAGAAGAACCAGGGGGUGAAGGAUUGGCCGUGGUGGAGGCUCUUCACGGCUGUCCGGCCCCUUGUGGAGGUGCAGCUCUCCGAGGAGCAGCUUCGAGGCAAGGAGGACGAAAUCCAGCAGCUUCGGGGCAAGCUCGAGAAGGUGGAAAAGGAACGGAACGAGCUUCGGCUCAAUAGUGACCGGCUCGAGACUCGCAUCUCCGAGCUGACAUCAGAGCUGGCAGAUGAGCGAAACACCGGGGAGUCGGCCUCCCAGCUCCUGGAUGCCGAGGCGGCGGAGAGGCUCCGCGCGGAGAAGGAGAUGAAGGAGCUGCAGGUUCAAUACGAUGCACUGAAGAAGCAAAUGGAGGCCAUGGAGAUUGAGGUGAUGGAGGCCAGGCUUAUCCGGGCUACCGAGCUCAAUGGUGAGAUGGACGAUGACGACUCAGGUGGUGAGUGGCGCCUCAAGUACGAGCGGGCCAUUCGAGAAGUCGACUUCACCAAGAAGCGACUGCAGCAAGAGUUUGAGGACAAGUUGGAAGCGGAACAGCAGAGUAAGAGGCAACUAGAGAGGAAG